GUUCAGCCGACGCUGAGGGAGAGAAUCCGGCGAGAACAGGCUUCAGAUGAAUUUAUUCGUGCAAUUGAUGCCAAAGUUCGAGCCGGAGGCGUCGAAGGUUUUCACCGAGGCACUGAUGGGGCCUUGGAGUUUUGCAACAGAAUUGUGGUGCCAAAAGUUGAAGCGUUGCGGAAGGAGAUUUUGACUGAGGCUCAUACCACACCAUACCUAGCCCAUCCAGGAAGCAAGAAGAUGUAUCAUGACCUGAAAAGGUCGUUUUGGUGGCAAGGGUUGAAGAGGGACGUUGCCGACUUUGUGAAUAAAUGUUUAACUUGUCAGCAAGUCAAAGCCGAACACCAGAGUCCCAUAGGCCUCCUACGACCACCGCCAAUUCCAAAGUGGAAGUGGGAGGAGCUUUCGAUGGAUUUUAUCACAGUGUUACCUAGGUCGUCUGAACAUCACGACGCUAUUUGGGUCAUGGUCGACAGAUUAACUAAGGUUGCUCAUUUCUUGCCAGUAUCGAUGAAUAUGUCUUUGGACAAGUUGGCUGAGAUUUAUACUCGUGGGAUCGUUCGACUCCACGGCGUGCCCGUUACUAUCGUGUCAGACAAAGAUCCUAGAUUCACUAGCAGAUUCUGGCAGAGUUUGCACAAGGCGAUGGGCACGAGACUAGCAUUCAGUUCAGCCUACCAUCUAGAGACUGAUGGUCAAACAGAGCGGACUAUUCAGACGUUGGAAAAUAUGUUGCGAGCUUUGGUUGUUGACAGGGGUGCUAAGUGGGAGUCGUUAUUGCCAUACGCCGAGUUUGCGUACAACAACAGUUAUCAUUCUGCUAUUCAGAUGGCUUAUUACGAGGCACUUUACGGUCGUAAAUGUCGUUCCCCUCUUUAUUGGGACGAUGUCGAUGAAUGUCGAGUACUCGGUCCGAAAUUGAUCGAGGAGACAGCAGAACAG